CGUUUUGCUCCAAACAAACAACGAUCAUAUGGCAGAGACAAAGAAAACCUCGGAAAGCAACACUAUAUAUUUAAAAGUGUAUAUGAUUCGAGAUUGUUGUCGGGUUCGAAAACUUUUGUGUCGAAAUAUUCAAACGAUUGCCUGGUUACAGCAGAACGAAGUCCCGACCAGAGGGAGUUUUUACAUUUCAUGAAAUGCACUUCGAUGGAUCAACGAGUAAUGUUCGUAUAUCGGAUCUAAUGAGUGCAGUUAAAUACGUCAUAUUUAUUUAACAGACUUCAUUUGUACUCAUCAUUCGAAAUUUCCGUUUUCACGGAAGCGAUACUUUAAAUUCUCGCGAGAAAAUUUCUCUUCAGGCUUCAUAACUCAAAUAACAUGGCUACCAGAGAUUAGCCGUGAUAACGUUAGCAAGGAACUGUUGAUUCGCGAUGGAUAGCUGUGCGCCAAACAACGUGACUUUUCAUGCAUUUUCUGGCGUAAAUAACACGCAUACAUAUGUGGUGGUUUCAUAUUAAAUGUAAUGACGACAGAAGGACGUCUUUUUUAACCCGGGAAAAAAAGUUAACAUUAGCAUCCACGGAGCCGUAACGGUUCGGGGACGUCAGGAUUCACCUUAGCAACAGUGACAGGUACCGUAGCAACUGCAUACGCCUGUUUACCAGAGCAUGCCAACGGCCGAGUUGCCUAAUCUACCGGGCACCAAAGGAGCAAACAUACAACAUGAGAUUGAAAACAUCGCUGCUACAGGAACCCAAACAUAAGGAACUUGUGAGCUGCGUUGGCUGGAUCACAGCAGAUGAGUUGUACUCAUGCAGCGAGGACCACCAGAUCCUCAAGUGGAACCUGCUGACCAGCGAGACCAGUCUGGUUGUCAAAUUAUCAGAGGAUAUUUACCCCAUUGACCUACAUUGGCUCCCCAAGACCGUUGGUGGCAAGAAACCAAAUCAGACGGAAAUCUUCGUCCUUACCAGCACCGAUGGGAAGUUCCACCUGACCACCAAGAUGGGGCGCAUCGAGAAGAGUGUAGAGGCGCACAAGGGAGCUGUUUUGGCUGGAAGAUGGAACUACGAUGGAACUGCUCUUGUUACGGCUGGAGAGGACGGGCAGAUUAAGAUCUGGUCAAAAAGCGGGAUGCUACGUUCAACACUAGCCAGCCAAGGGUCUCCUGUGUAUUCUGUGGCUUGGGGUCCAGACUCAGGCAGAAUCCUCUACACGUCUGGAAGACAACUGGUCAUCAAGCCGUUGCAACCCAGCGCCAAAGUCAUACAGUGGAAGGCUCACGAUGGGAUUGUCCUAAAAGUGGACUGGAAUUCAGUUAACGAUGUCAUACUGUCAGGUGGAGAAGACUGUAAAUAUAAGGUAUGGGACAGCUUUGGUCGUCUGCUUUACUCGUCGUUGUCUCAUGACUACCCAGUCACAUCUUUGUCGUGGGCUCCAGACGGAGAGGUGUUUGCCGUGGGCUCCUUCAACACCCUGCGGCUCUGUGACAAGACUGGAUGGUCCUACGCACUGGAGAAGCCCAACACAGGGAGUGUGUUCAGCUUGGCCUGGUCCGCAGACGGCACACAGCUGGCCGGGGCCUGUGGCAACGGGCAGGUCAUCUUUGCCCACGUGGUGGAGCAGCAUUGGGAGUGGAAGAACUUUGUGAUCACCCUUACCAAGCGGAGAACCAUGCAGGUCAGGAAUGUGAUGAACGAUGCAUUGGACGUACUCGAGUUCCGAGAUCGAGUUAUCAAAACCUCCCUGGCAUACGGUCACCUUGUGGUCGCCACUUCCCUCCAGUGCUAUGUCUACAACUCAAGGAACUGGAAUACUCCGCUCAUCUUUGACCUGAAGGAGGGAACAGUGAGCCUCAUCCUGCAAGCGGAGAAACAUUUUCUGCUCGUGGAUGGAGCAGGGUUGUAUACGUUCUCCUACGAGGGAAGAUUGAUUUCCUCGCCCAAGUUCCCUGGUAUGAGAGCUGACAUCCUAAAUGCCACGAGUGUCUCCCUUAGUAAUGACAGCAUCGCCAUCCGAGACAAGAGUGAUGAAAAAAUCAUCUUUCUCUUGGACGCCCUGACCGGGAAACCCCUUGGUGACGGCAAGCCCCUGACUCACAAGCUGGAGGUGGUAGAGGUUGCUCUGGAUAAGUGUGGCCCAUCCACUGAGAGGAAGAUCGCCCUGAUAGACAAGAACCGUGACCUCUACAUAACCUCUGUGCGUCAUCUUGGGCGGGAACCCAAAAUCUGCAAAAUCGGUAGCAUGGUCCACAGUGUGGCUUGGAAUGAUGCUGCCAACAUCCUGUGUGGAAUCCAAGACAACCUGUUCACAGUGUGGUACUACCCGAGCGUUGUCUUCACUGACAAGGAACUGCUGCCGAAAACCCUGCUCACAAAGGAUGGCAGCGAGUUCAGCCGUGCACCCCACAUUCUGGGCUAUGUGGGCACCAAGGUGACGUUACGCCAAGGGGACGGUUCACUGGUUUACAGCAGCGUGCCUCCCUACCCAGCCCUCCUGCACGAAUACAGCACCACUGCACGCUGGGAGGACGCACUGCGCCUCUGUCGCUUCGCCAAGGACCAAUCUUUGUGGGCGUGUCUUGCUGGUAUGGCGAUGGCAAACAGGGAGCUGACCACAGCGGAGAUGGCCUAUGCCGCCAUUGGGGAGUUACCUAGGGUGCAGUACAUCAACUUCAUAAAGGAGCAGCCGUCCAAGGAGUCGUCCUUGGCCCACAUGCUGAUGUUCAGCGGUCAGAUCCAGGAGGCUGAGGCCACACUGUUACAGGCUGGUCUCAUCUACCAAGCCAUACGCAUCAGCAUUGACCUUUUCAACUGGGAGAGGGCAUUGGAGCUGGCAGUUAAACACAAGACGCAUGUGGACACUGUGCUGGCCUACAGAGGGAAGUUCCUGCAGAAAUUUGGCAGGAAGGAGACGAAUAAAAGAUUCUUGCAGUACGCUGAAGGAGUUGAGGUUGACUGGGAGAAAAUCCAGGCGAAGAUGGAUAUGGAGUUGGCUAAAGAGAGGGAGAGAGCUGCGAACACCUCUGUGAGAAGCAGCGUGGCCUCCCGGCGUUAACGAAACAUCCGCUCUCCGCAGAAAGUGAUUCCCACGUGUUCUUGACAUUUGGUGAACAUGGUUUGGUUUGGCUCAGCCUCAAAGUAGUGAAAAUGUCCAUACUUAAGGUAAAAUAGCUACCAUUAGUUGAAAGUGUAUUGACUUCAAGUAAAAACCAAAGGGAACAUUUGGAGAUUUGAAGAUAAGUAGACCAUAGAGAAAAUGACACUUGUUUUACACAUCAAUCGUUUUCAACGUUUGCACAACAUUGUACAUGGCGUUCUGUUACUAUGGGUCGAUUAUUUGACUGUGGCAAGAGUAUCUAUCAAUACUACUAUUUUUCAGCAACGUUUGGCCUUUCUCUCAUGUCGGGUUGUCAGUGGUUUGAGUACGUCAAGUUUUGAGUUGAUUAUUAUAGUUUCCUAUUUGUCCAAAUUGACUUGAAAGACUCAGUUGUAUUGCUCUGUUUUUUCCGUAAAAGGUUAUUUUUGUGUUUUUGUAUGGAUAGAUAUGUUUACAUCUUAUGUAUUUAAGAAUGUGCCUUGUGUAAACACUAAAAGUUAUGUCAGUUAAUAAAUCUAAGGAAAAUACUGUG